CUGCCCAUCAGCUCCCGGUCUUCUCGCAGAUGUUUUGAUUUUGGGAAUUCUUUUUGAAUUUUGUGGGCAGAAAAUAGGCCACAGUUCGCUUUUUAAACUGAAUUGAUUAAUUUGUGAGAUUGUGUUUUAUUGCAGCGAUUGGUGUUACAGAGAAAAGAAGAUAAAAUUUAAAUUCACCAACUUAAUUUACUGUGUUUGGUCAUUGAUUCACAUCGUAAAACAAUGGCAAAAGUAUGCUGCAUCCCGAUCUGCCGCAACGCUAAAGCCGGCACCGACGAAAGCGUCGGACUGCAUCCAUUUCCGGCUAACGAUGAAGAGCUGCGUGCCAAAUGGAUUCAGUUUGUCGGUUGUGCCAAUCCCGGAAGGUUUCGCUGGAGAAUGCGUUACAUCUGCUCGGAGCACUUUGUCCACUCGGAGCUGACCACGGAAAACGGCCAACCCAAACUAUUGGAGGGCGCUGUUCCUAUGAUUUUUGUUACGGAGAGCAAUGAGGAGGAAGAUACGGAAGAAGAUGUAGUGAUGGUUUCCGAAGUGAGAAAUCCUGCAUCCAACACUACAGUAGCUUCUAAAGCCGAAGCACCUUGCUCUACGAUGGAUGAAAUAAUCAAACUGAGGUCGCUUUUCUGUAGGAUUUGUAUUAGAAAAAGGACAGAUCUCUUUCCGCUUUCAUCAAAGCUACACAACGUAACACUUGCAGAUAUAGUCUUCAUCACAACAGGAAUAAAACUAGACACCGUUAAUAUUCUUCCUGACAAAGUUUGCUCAGAUUGCGUUGGUAAAUUAGACUUAGCCUUCAAUGUUCGAUUGGACUUUAUUCAUAAAGAGAAAGUUUUAAAGAAUUUACUAGAUGGCGAUCAGCUAGAAAAUUAUUACAAAUCGUACGAUAACCAUAGGUUUAAGCAACAAGGGUUUAACGAGCACUAUUUGCAAAAUUUAAUAGCUAAUGCAAAAGCAGAGAAGAAAUUUGAACCUGUGCAAGCUUCAGAGACUAUCGUGAAACAUGAAGCACCCCUGGAUUGUCCCGAAAGUCCUUUGCAAAUUCCUGAAGAGUCUAUCGAAUAUCUAGAUGAAGCCUUGUGUGAAGAAGCAGAUCUUACAGGUCCUGAUGAUAAUCAAUUGCAUCCCCAGAUGGAAACAGAAAAUAAAACUUCGGAUAGGAAGCCAUUCGCGAGCCACGAUAAUUCAGCCAAUCGGUUGAAGGCAGAAGCUUCUUCCGGAUCAGAAGAAGAAGGUCCUAAGUUUGUGUACUCAUGGAAAGAGCUCUAUAAACCAAAGUCGAAACCGAGACCCAAAUCAAAUACACCGAAAACUGCACCUCCAAAACCGGUUAUAGUGCCAAAUACAUGUUAUAUAUGCGAUACGGUUCACGCCGAUCCGGAUGCAUUGGAUGCCCACAUGGUUGAUCACAUCGAUUUGCUUCCAUAUUCUUGUGAUUGCGGAACCGAAGAAUAUCCGCAAGUGUUCAGGACGCUCGUCAGUGCUAAUAAGCAUCGGCAGAGCCAUCUGUAUCCAUACAAAUGCGAUCACUGUCCGUUGCGAUUUUUGAAUUCUUACAAUAAUAACGCGCAUUUCAAAGAUCGUCACGCACCACGAGAUGCAACAGAUGGCUAUACGUGCGACUAUUGUGGACAGCAUUUCAGACUUCGAAGACCAUUCAAAUGUCAUCUAGCCAAACAUCAAGCCGUGGAGGAUGGACGGUACAAAUGUGAGUUCUGUGAGAAGGUCUUUGGGAACUCGUCGCUACUGAAGCGGCACAGAAGAAUUCACACAGGUGAAAAGCCGUACGAAUGUAAACAUUGCGGUCGUCGAUUUAACCAUGAAGCAAAUUUUUUGAGCCACAAACGCAUUCACACUGGUGAGAAAGGUUAUAUCUGCCAAGAAUGUGGAAAGAACUUCACCAACAGCACAUCCCUCCGCUAUCACAUGGCCGAACAUUUUCCGGAUGACCCGCAGUACAGAAUACAAACUUCUAUUAAAAAACAACGAUAUCCGGAAACUUUGAGGGAUGCAGAGAGCAAAGUUCGUCUCACCACUUCCGGUCAAAAGUUAUACAUUUGCAAUGUUGAAGGUUGCGGCUUCGAAACGCUUUUGUAUAGACAGCAUUUCUAUCACCAGCAUAUGCAUAAGAAACGUUUCAAAUGCGAUAAGUGUGAUCGUAGAUUCCCUUUCCGAAGCACUUUGCAAAAACACGUAGAAUUCGUGCAUGAAGGCAAAACAUUGGACCGGAAUCUGGCUUGUCCGUACUGUUCAAAAUUGUUUAACCACAAGCAGAAACUUCAGCUGCAUAUCGAUACACAUGAAGACAAUCGCCGUUACAAGUGUAGCUUUUGCACUAAGAGUUUCGUCCAGAGAGCCAAUUGCAGAGCGCACGAACGCAUUCACACAGGAGAACGGCCGUACCCUUGUAGAGUAUGCUCUGCAGCGUUCAUCACCUCGUCCGGCCGCAAGAAGCACGAAGCAACGCACAAAGAUAUUAUUAAGGUGGAAGUCGAACAGACUAGUGCUGAUGAUGAACAGGUUUACGAAGUUGAGGAAGCUGACGAAUAUUACGAAGAGUACGAGGCAGAACCAGCACAAGAGCAGGUUGUCGAGUUCGUUUAGUUCCAGUCGUGUAGAGACUAAUUCGACUAGCACUAGCAGAUAUUGUAUGUAUUAAGUUAACCUCCCAAAUUAACGAAAUAAACUUGCUAAAAAAAUCAGUGCCGAAUUAUUUCUUAAACGUUUUUUAUGAGAAAUUUAAUUCCAG